UUCCGACGUCACCGUGACGCUGGAAAGCAGGCGCCUCCCCAACAACAUUUCCCCACAGCCGACGAAAACUCUGCCACAUUGAAGAAGAAAUAGGCGACCUGGCAUCACAUUUUCUCUCACUCCACUUUCUCCGGGGAUUGUCACGGGAUUUCAAUGUUGAACCUGCUCUUUUGUUUCUGUGUUGAUUUGGGCCGUACCUUUAUGGCGUUUGUGAGUGUCAGCGGAGAAUUCUGCCAGGCUCAGCACCUCUCCUUCGUGGACAAGUGAAUCGGCCGCCCCCCAAGGGACUACGCUACCCAGAAGCCACCCUGAAUACCAGCAGUGGGAAACCCUGACUCUUCCAAAGACCCACUGGGAUACCGCGUAGUCCUUGGCCAGACUGCCCUGCUCUAUCCCCGCCAUAAAGAGAAAUCUUUGAGUUCUGCUUUCUUCUCAAACAGCCAAUCACAAACAACUCUCCUGAAUGGGCCGUCUCGCCAACAUGAAUCGCCCCGCUGCAGUUGAGAUCACGUACGAGUGCAUGAAGUUCCUCAUCACCCACAACCCCACCAACGCCACUCUCAACAAGUUCACAGAGGAGCUGAAGAAGUUUGAGGUGAACACUCUGGUUAGAGUAUGCGACGCCACCUAUGACAAGGCUCCGGUAGAGAAGGAGGGGAUCCAGGUCCUGGACUGGCCCUUUGACGAUGGCGCGCCACCUCCCACCCAGAUUGUCGACGACUGGCUCAACCUGCUAAAGACCAAGUUCCGCGAGGAGCCGGGCUGCUGCAUCGCUGUACACUGUGUGGCCGGGCUUGGACGAGCUCCAGUCUUGGUGGCCCUAGCCCUAAUCGAGUGCGGGAUGAAGUAUGAGGAUGCCGUGCAAUUCAUAAGGCUGAAGAGACGUGGAGCCUUCAACUCCAAACAGCUUCUUUACCUCGAGAAAUACAGGCCCAAGAUGCGUCUGCGGUUCAAGGAUGCCAACGGCCACAACUGCUGUGUGCAGUAGGCUCUUUACUGUCACGCGCAGCACUAUGCGCACAGCUAGUGGGGGAAACGAUUCCAACAAAGGGGAGAUAAAAUUUAAAGAGAAAGCUCUAUUGGUAAUUAUUGUGAUGAUUUAUUACUGAGUCUCAUGGUUAAUUGAUCACGGAAGUGAGCGAGUGAUCCAUCGAAUUGACGAAUUCAAAUGCAGAGAUCCACCAGCCGAACCAACCAAUGAAUGAGUAGGUCAAAGGUCAAAGCACACAGAUGGGCCCGCCUCCCAGUUCCUAGCGCUCAAUCAGGGGCUACAAUUUGUUAAACUAUCACUCAGAUUAUCUUUUUGCAUUAUUUUUUAAGGUUUAAUCAUGGGAUUUUUUUGAUAUUUUUGUGUUUAUUGUAAUUUUCUUCAUAACUCUCACGUUCACAACUUUUACAAUGGUGUUGUAAGAAAAUGUAAAAUGAUUUUUUUCAAUCCCAACAACUGCGAUGAAUGGCCCAAGGGUAUACACCUUCUUGAAAUAUUUUUAAACAUUUAGCACAAAAUAUAACAGUUUGGUAUUUGUGUUAUUUCUGCACACAAAACAAUAUCAACUGACAAUGCAGUAACGUUCUCCCCGGCCUCACUCGAUCACUCAGUUUCAGUUUAGGGGUAUUAGUUUUAAAUGUGUCCACUGUAUUUAUUCACUGGCUUUGAUUAGUAUGGCAGACUAGAGUUUGACUGGGGUAAGGACACUCUGUUAUUCAUUGUAUUUUUUUAAUUUUAUUUCUUUUUCCUCUAGAGCCAUGUUUUAUUUUUCACUUUUUAAUCUCACGGGAGUGCAAUAAACAGUCCACCUCAGAAAAGACCACCAGAUGUCGGGCAGUCCUAGAUGCAUGCACACAUACUCACAACCAACCAGUUGAACACACAUGAAGAACCGUGGCGAUCAUUACAACCGGUACUCCUCUCCCCCUGCCCCGCCCAGCACCACUUGCCCCCCCAACUGCUUGGGUUGCUUCUCCGUUAAAUGGGUUUACAAAAGGACUUCCCUCGUCGUUGCAGGAUUAAAUAGAGGAGAGCCUACUUCCAACUGUUAACCCUUACUCUGAAGGAAAGAGGUGGUAAAGAAAGAAAAUGGUCAUUUUGUUUUAUCUUUGUACCCAUUUCGAAGACAUCCCCAAUUCAUAUUGGUUCUUAAAAGAUAAUAAAUUGAAAUAAAAAAAUGUC